AUGGCGACGGUAACGUUUUCCUUAUCCGCUAAAACCCUAACCCUACCCUAUCACCCCAAAACCCCAAUCUGCAACUUCUCCCCCGUAACCAAUCUUCGCUUCCCUUCUUCAUUUGUGACCCGAACCCGAAAUUGUAACCGGAUUCGGGCGUCUCUGGAUGGGGAUUUCUCAGCGAAAAGGAGCAGCAGCAGCAGCAGCAACGACCAGAGAGAGACGAUAAUGCUACCCGGAUGUGAUUACAACCAUUGGCUGAUUGUGAUGGAGUUUCCUAAAGACCCUGCACCCACGCGUGAACAAAUGAUUGACACUUACCUCGACACUCUUGCCACUGUAUUGGGAAGCAUGGAGGAAGCAAAGAAGAACAUGUAUGCAUUUAGUACCACUACCUACACUGGAUUUCAGUGCACAGUUGAUGAAGCAACCUCGGAGAAAUUCAAGGGUCUGCCCGGGGUUCUUUGGGUACUGCCAGACUCAUAUAUAGAUGUUAAAAACAAAGACUACGGAGGUGACAAAUACGUCAAUGGGGAGAUUAUUCCUUGCAAGUACCCUACAUACCAACCAAAACGAAGCGCACCUAAGAACGAGAGUAGAAGGUAUGAGAGACGGAGAGAUGGCCCCCCCCCUGACCGCAGAAGACCAAGACAAGAGGCGGCUGCCUCGGAUUCAUCCUCUACAUGA